AUGGCACAAAAGGAUAACUUUGUGAUGAACUACAACAUGCAGAACAUGAACAAAGAGUUACCUGAACUCUUCUCUAUGCUGAAAUCUGCUGAGGUGGAGAUAGAGAAAGAGCACCAAGUGUUGAUGGUCAACAAGACCACCAGUUUCAAGAAGCAGGGCAAGCCUAAGAAGGGCAACUUCAAGAAGGGCGGCAAGAAAGUUGCUGCGCCUCCUGAGAAGCCUAAGGCUGGCCCUAAACCUGAUACUGUGUGCUAUUACUGCAAGGAGAAGGGGCACUGGAAGCGUAAUUGCCCCAAGUACUUGGCUGAUCUGAAGAGCGGCCUUGUCAAAAAGAAAGGUAUAUCUGAUAUACAUGUUAUUGAUGUCUAUCUUACUGGUUCUCGUAGUAGUGCCUGGGUAUUUGAUACUGGUUCGGUUGCUCACAUUUGUAACUCGAAACAGGAACUACGGAAUAAACGAAGCCUAGCGAGGGACGAGGUGACGAUGCGCGUUGGAAAUGGAUCCAAGGUCGAUGUGAUCGCCGUCGGCACGCUCCCUCUACAUCUACCUUCGGGAUUAGUUUUAAACCUUAAUAAUUGUUAU